AGGGGCCGGCCGGCUGGGGCGCACCCCGAGCAGCGCGGCGGGCGAUGGCGACGGCGGCGAGCGGUGCGAGAAGACGCUCCGGGGCGCCCCGCUAAAGAGUCCUGCCCGGGAGAAGUUCGAAGAGCAGAAUAUUGAGGAGACAGUUUUAUGGACCACCGGUGACAAAAUAAUAGCUAGCAAAAUCUCUCCCUCCUGAAAGGAACAGUCAGAGCUGGAAUCAAGAUGACUACAGCUGCCCCAACGUCUGAAUAUUCCCUGCCUUGGAAGAAUGUGACCACAAAAUCUCGACAGCAAAUCCUUUAUCAGAGCUCUGGAGCAAUAGUAGCAGCUAUUGUCGUGGGCGUCAUAGUAAUAUUUACAACAGUUCUGCUCAUCCUUAAAACGUAUAACAGGCACAUGAGAAUCAAACGAGAGCUGGAGCCAAAGAAUGCAAAGACCAACAUCCCCUCUGUUUUAGGACAGGACAGUAGCACCUCUGCCAGGAACAGUGCAGUGACAUUUGUCCCUGUAGACAUUCACAUCCCAAAAAGAAGACUUUGAAGAAGACAAGCAAAUGGAGGAAUAAUCAGCAAGAAGUGAACUCUGUGGAUCCUUGAGGAAUGGAAUGGCUCCCAUCCCAUGGUCCACGUUUCAGUGGUCUGCUGGUCACCAUUUUUCCUCGUAGAAGGCAAAAAAUGACAUCUAAAGGCAACCAGUUGUGGAAAUAAUAUAUAUAAACUUGCUUGUUGGAAGGGACGGUGAGAACCACCAACCACCAUCAUUCUUGGAACCAAUCAUGUCCUUCAUAUUUUCUUGCUCUGUUGAUUUAGGUUCAGCUCCCAUUGUCCUGUAAAGUGAAAGUCAGUUCUGCUGUAUGGAGGUUCUGAAGACGUCAGAGGGCUUAGUCUUCAUCUUGGUUUGUAGUGGGUAAUAUAGAAUCAAUAUUCUUUCAUUUUUGGCUCUUAAAAAGAAGUAGCAGACGUUACCACCAGUUGCCAACCGUCUUCCACCAUGGUCAACUUUCAAAAUUAGGAGUUCCUUGUUUGUUGGCAGAGUUAGUGCCUUUCUGUAGCAUUUCUCAACCUUGGCUCCUUUAAAAUGUGCUGGCUGGGGGUUUCUGGGAGUUGAAGUCCACACAUCUUAAAUUUGCUCAAGUUGAGAAACACUGUUUACCCAGACAAGCAAAAAACUUGAUUUCAACAGUCAUGUUUUAUUAGGCUGAUUUUAGCCAACCUCAAAUUUUCUUGAGAAUGAGUGUGUAUUCUCCCAGUCCAAUCUUCACCUAACUGACAAGUGAGUUGAUAACAUUCAGUGGAUCAAAGCUAGAAUUUUAGGCUGCAUUGUCAGGAUAGCAGAUAGAGACCUCUAGGAGAAGAUGCUAGAUAUCUCUAUAUACAGAGUUAUGAGGGGGUUUGCUCUCCUUUUCCCAUGGAACAUGUCUUUAAUGUCUUCCCUAAAUGCUACAGGUAGGGUCGGGAAAUCAACAGAUUGAUUGUGCUGAACGUGUAAAGUGAUCCUGGCUAGGUACCUAUCCUGGGGAAAGUGAGUUGUCCUAGCUUAGUCUCAAGCACAAAAAACCAUGAAGUGAAUCUGAAGUAGGAAUUCAUGAAAAGGUUGUGAUCCUUUUGUAAGGCCCCAAUAGAUACAAUCCUGCAGUCAAAUUAGUAUGCUAAAUUGUUCCCGUUCACUUAACUGAAACUUUGCAGCACAGAAAUAGUUUGGGGAGAUCAGCCUGUCUUCAGAAUCUUGUCGCUGAAGCAUCUGUAUUUAUUACACCUCCUUUUUCCUUUGAAAUAAACUGAACGGGGAAAUGAUACUUUUAAAUAGCAAGAAAGUAAAAUGUGGAAUAUGACUAGCUGUGUGUGGGGUGGGUGAUUCAUUUUUCUAUAGCGAUGGUGGGUUUUUUAAAAAAUUCCCAUGCCAGAAAUAAUAAAAAAAAUCACAGUCAGCUCUUGGAGUUUGCCGGGAUCGUUAAAACUUCUCAACACAGAAUGAAAAGGUUUCUGAAUUCCUGACAGCCAGCUCACUGGAACAGGAGGGUACAUUGAAGCAUUAAUGGGCUUUCAGGCUGAAUAGCCCUGAUCUAGUCCAGAAGGGAGCACAUUUUGGCUUUGAGGGUGGUGGCCUCGGAGGGCUGAUUAAUCUGAUUCAGCGGGGCCCUUUCUGUGUUGCCAAGCGCCAGGUACAAAUGAGAGCCAAGGAAUAGGAGGAGACAUCAAGCCAUCUUACUCCUCACUAUCCUUUGGAGCUCAGAUUUUGUUUCAGGAGUACCAAUUUUCUUUUUAGCCACUCCUCCUCUGGUAUGAAGCCCAAGAGGUAUAAGAAUCCACUUGCUCUUGGGAUCCAACUGGUCCCUAUUCCAGCUGGUUGUAGUAAGAACAUGGUAUCUGGGUUUGUCCUUUUCCCUCUGCCUUCCCCAUCGCAUUUGUCUUACGGAGUUUUAAACUGUAAGCCAGCAGGGAGGGGAUGCCUUGUUCUUAACGUUGUGUACCACACGAAGUGCAUGUUAGGUGCUUUAUAAAUGAAAAAUAAGAAUUAAAAGGUAUUUGAUCCUGAAUCUCCAAGGAGAUGUUUAGGAACUCCUUUUGCAACAUGCUUAUUUAAGUUCUUGAACUUCAGAAUUUCAGGGACAGGAUCAGUAACUUUAUCCACAUAGGAGAAGUGUUUGGUCUCCAUAAAACCUCACAUUCUGUAUGUACAAUUAACAAUGGAAUAAUUUUUCAGAGGUGAUUCCAGUCCGCAUAUUCUACUCCAAGGACAACUUUUAGAAAAUUGGUGAAAAUUGCCAAAGCAACAUUGACAAAAAUUCAAGUUAAGUAUCCAGCAUUUGAUUAUAGUACAGUUCCUAACCAGACCUGAAUAUUAGUAGCUCUCUAUGAGAAAAUGUUAAUUUUUUUUCAAAAUACAGUAAUAAAAUAUCAAUAUUUUAUUAUAUCAAUGUAAUAUGUUAAUAAGUAGUAUUUUUGUAUAAGCAGUUAUAUAAAAAUUAUUUAUGCCCAUAAUGGAGCCUGCCUAUUAAGGUUAUAAGUCAUGACAGUUGUAAAGCAAAUUGUCACAUGACUGACCUGAUUUUAUGACCUUUUUUGGCAGUGUUCAUUAAACAAACUAGUUGUUCGUUAUGGGCCAGUUUUCCUGAAAACUGGAAGUAAACUUAUUUAAUUAUUUGUUAAAUUUAUUUGCUGCCCUGGGGCUACACUGGAAGAGUAAAAGAGAAAAAAAAAGAGAAAAUGUAAACAUAACAAUAAUGAAGCAAUGAAGCAGUGAAAAUAAUAAAAUUUUGUAAUACUGUAAUAUGAAUUAAAAGAUGGGUGGAGGUGGGCAGGAAGUUCAGGGGGAAGAUGAUUAGUCCAGUAGCCACCUCCGUCCUGGGUUUGGGCAAAAAUGUACAGUCGCUGUUUACAUGGUUGUGUGAAUGUGAGCCAGUUGCUACGUGCCCAAAAUGCAGUUACACGAUGGUGAGCGAUGGGGUGGCCAUCAAAAUUUCAGAAUUGAAAUACCGGAUGACUCAGGGAAGCCACGUGUUUUUCAAGAAACACAAAAAUUUUUGUACCUAAUAAAAGCCACACAAAUGCACACGAAAGCAUUGCCCCACCUCAUAACUCAAUCGCAGCCCGAUUUAUGCAUGCAUCACGUCCUUGUUCAAAUUCAAUGGAAUUCAUUACCUGAUAAGCAGGUUUACAAUGACAGUCUGAACUGAAGAGAGGAUUUAAUUGCCAACUUAAUUCCCCCUUAGGAAUCCCACCACCCUUGGGGGGGUUUUAACUGCUCUGAUGAAGUUGCCUGAUUCUCCAGACACCUUCAACUGACAUCUAAUGGGGGGGGGCGGGAAUGUUAUGUGCUCUGCUCUUCUCACUUCUUUGAAGCAGCCUUUGAUGGGGAAAAAAAAAACCCCUGUGAUGAAGAAGAAAUGAGUAGGGCUGGGGAUGACGACAUGAUAGCGGUAUUCAAGUACUUGAGGGGCUGCCACCAAGAAGAAGAGGGAGUCCAGCUCUUCUCCAACG